AUGCCCCUGGCCACACACCAUGCCCCUGGCCACCAUGCCCCUGGCCACACCCCAUGCCCCUGGCCACACACCAUGCCCCUCGCCACCAUGCCCCUGGCCACCAUGCCCCUGGCCACACACCAUGCCCCUGGCCACCAUGCCCCUGGCCACCAUGCCCCUGGCCACCAUGCCCCUGGCCACACCCCAUGCCCCUGGCCACCAUGCCCCUGGCCUCACACCAUGCCCCUGGCCACCAUGCCCCUGGCCACACCCCAUGCCCCUGGCCACACACCAUGCCCCUGGCCACCAUGCCCCUGGCCACACCCCAUGCCCCUGGCCACACACCAUGCCCCUCGCCACCAUGCCCCUGGCCACCAUGCCCCUGGCCACACCCCAUGCCCCUGGCCACACACCAUGCCCCUGGCCACCAUGCCCCUGACCACCAUGCCCCUGACCACCAUGCCCCUGGCCACCAUGCCCCUGGCCACCAUGCCCCUGGCCACACCCCAUGCCCCUGGCCACACACCAUGCCCCUGGCCACCAUGCCCCUGGCCACACCCCAUGCCCCUGGCCACACACCAUGCCCCUGGCCACCAUGCCCCUGACCACCAUGCCCCUGGCCACCAUGCCCCUGGCCACCAUGCCCCUGGCCACCAUGCCCCUGACCACACACCAUGCCCCUGA